AUGACAAAUCGACUUUCCUUUGAAACCGGCAGAGAGUCCGCUGAAUUACGAAUACGAAUACAGAGGGCUGUAAAAGGCACAUGGGGUUACGAUGCGAAAGAAUUCCAGGUUCGUUGGGCGACUAGGAUUCUGAACGACCAUGACGUGCUAGUAGUAGCCGGCACUGGUGGCGGUAAAACUGUCGGCUUUGAGAUCCCGACAGUAUGCUUUUCUAUCGAGAGAAAGAUAACUCUUGUUGUCUCGCCAUUGCGUAGUUUGAUACGGCAGCAGGUCAACGAUCUCAAGGAGGUCAGCAUGCCUGCAAUCGGGCUUUACAAAGACUCGGAUGAUAUGUAUCCUGGUGUUUUCAAAGAUAUAGCACAGGGUAAAUAUUGGUUGGACGAGAAGUUCAGAGAGAAGAUUGGGCUGGUGGUAUUCGACGAAUGUCAUUAUGCAGUUGACCAUGUUGAUGGUUAUAGACCCGCAUACAAGAAUAUUGGGGCUCUUCGGACAUACUUGCCUGGGAUACCGUUUACCGCUUGCACGGCUACUCUGGCACCAGGGAAAGAAAAGAAAUUAUUUGCACUAUUGGGGAUGAGAGAAAAAAGGCUUAUGAAAAUAAGGGAGUCGUCCAAUCGCGAAAACCUGUUCUAUGCAGGGGCUCCAAUUCGAAAGGGAAUGGAGGACUUUGCUUGGCUAGUUCCCAGCGACAUUUCUACACCCGAUGACAUCGCGAAAAUACCUUCAACAGUCGUAUACUGCUUCGGAGUGGCCGAAGCCAUGGGAUUGGCCAGAUAUCUUCAAUCCCGCCUUCCUGGAAGCCCUGAAUUUACUUCCCGCGUCCGGGUAAAUGGCCCAGAAAUGCGUGAGCUACAAGAGGAGAACUUUCGCAAAGGGAUAUGCAGGAUUUUGGUUGCGUCGGAAGCCUGGGGAGUUGGAGUAAACUAUUCAUGCGAAAGGAUCAUUAUUAAAGGAAUUUCUAAUCUUGAUGAUGUGGACCAGAUUGUCCAAAGGUUCGGAAGGGCCGGUCGAUCCGUCGGGUCCAAAGGGUUAUGUAUUGUUUAUCCUGAGCCUGCUCUUGUACCAGCGAAUCCCACACAGGUUGCCGCUAGGGAAAGGCGGGCAGAAUUGAACAGAAGGAGAGAGCUCUUGAGGAAACGGAAUACUGACAAGGAGAAUGUACCACCGUUGGAUGCAGAUGAUUCCGAUGCUAGCAAUACUUCCCGAAAGACCAUUGAAGUUAAAGUAUAUGAAGACGCUCAAGCGACGACAGGCAAACGAAAGCGGAUCCGUCGUACUCAGACUGAUCGUAUUGCGCAUCUCCCUAGCGGGGUAUACGAUUGUGUAUUGGGUACGGCUAAGCGGAACGGGAUAGAGGUUCCUUGCAUUCGAUAUGCCUUGCUAGAUGCAAUGGGUGAUCCAAUGAGGCAUACUGCUGCGCUUACUGCAGGGAUUUCCUCCUUCUGUUGCUGCCGAUGCAACCCGGAUGCGGUGCACGAACACUUCGAAGGUGUACCGGAGGGUAUUUUCUUCUAUUCUAAGAAGGACCCCCCUCCUCAUUUAAAUAAGCGAACUAUUAAUCCCAUAACAUGGAAGCGGACGAAAACGGCGGCCUUGGAAGCUAGUAUUGUCUCCGACUUGAAGAACUGGAGACUUCAAAAGGUCAAAGAAUUGGACAGCAUGUCUAUUAUCGAACAAUAUCUUCUGCCGGAUGCAUCUAUUUUGGCCCUGGCCUCUCACAUUAUUGGCAUUAAGGAAUCUACUACCCCGAAUGACUUAUUGUCUAUAUCUAAAUUCCAUAUGCCGAAAAGCCUCCUUCAUGCGCACGGUGCAUCACUUCUUGCAUAG